UCCACACAGACUCAGAAGCCCGUGCUCGCGCCUGACUGAGGUGGCCGGGGCUGCGCGCGCGCACUAGGUUCGGUGCCCGGUCCGUGGCAGACCGGAGAGGAAAGGCAGAGGCCGAGGGGAGUAGACGGUUUAAGAUUUUAAUUUGAAACCAAAAAAAUCCAGAUUUAUCAAUGGUUGCAAAAAGAUAACGAUUGGCGAAAGUUGUGAAUUGUGGAAAAAUGAGUUCCCUAAAGCCAAGUGGGCUUAAAGCACCUUCCAGAAUAUCGAAGCCUGGCGCUUUAACUGCUAAAUCUUCUGCUGCUACUGCUGCCCCUCCUCCUGUGAAGGCAGCAGAGAAAGCUGCUAGUGCACCACCUCCAGAUGCUCCUGAAGAGUUUGUAGAUGACUUCAGAGUUGGGGAACAUGUAUGGGUUAAUGGCAACAAGCCUGGAUUUAUCCAGUUCCUUGGUGAGACUCAGUUUGCUCCAGGUCAAUGGGCAGGGAUUGUAUUGGAUGACGCAAUUGGUAAAAAUGAUGGAGCAGUUGCUGGAGUCAGGUAUUUCCAGUGUGAUGCCUUGAGGGGGAUUUUUACAAGACCGUCAAAAUUGUCACGGAAACCACUUGAAGAUGAGAUUAAUGGCACACAAACCCCAUCCAGAGCUACCUCACCAACCUCGGUGUCUUCUGCAAAUGUGUCCCCUGUCCCUGCUGCUGCAGCAACCCCUCUCAAAAGUGCUGCAUCUUCUAAGGAACUUGCUACACCUUCCCAGCUGAGCAACCUCACUCGAACAACAAGUGACUCAAUUUCAAACCUUUCAGAAACGGGAUCAGUCAAAAAAGGGGAACGGGAACUCAAGCUAGGAGACAGAGUUUUAGUAAGCGGUUCAAAAGCCGGAGUUGUGCGGUUUUUGGGCGAAACAGAUUUUGCCAAAGGAGAAUGGUGUGGCGUUGAAUUAGAUGAGCCUUUGGGAAAGAAUGAUGGCGCUGUGGCUGGCACAAGCUCACAGAUCCAGUGGGCGGGGCCCAGCACUCCCGCUGACGUCAGCCGGGGAGGCGGGGGAGAGAGGAGAGAGAGCCGACAGUCAGCUGAGCACCAGGAGCCACGCUUGUAUAGAUAUUUUCAGUGUCAACCAAAAUAUGGCUUAUUUGCACCUGUACAUAAGGUUACACGGAUUGGAUUUCCAUCCACUACUCCAGCUAAAUCCAAAACCACCAUAAGAAAAGUACCCACAACACCUGCCACACCUGCCUCCCUGAAACGCAGUCCAAGCGCAUCCUCUAUUAGCUCAAUGAGCUCAAUCUCAUCUUCUGUGAGCAACAAGCCAAGUCGCACUGGUUUGUUAACAGAAACAUCAUCUCGAUACGCGAGGAAGAUUUCUGGCACUACUGCUCUCCAGGAAGCUCUGAAAGAGAAGCAACAGCAUAUUGAGCAGCUUCUGGCUGAAAGGGACAUGGAGCGAGCUGAGGUGGCCAAAGCAACAAGUCAUGUAGGAGAGGUGGAACAGCAGCUAUCAGUGAUAAGAGACGAUCAUGAUCAGUAUGUCAUGGAAAUGGAGGCUAAGAUGGACCAGCUACGAGCUAUGGUUGAAGCAGCAGACAGAGAAAAGGUUGAACUGCUAAACCAACUAGAAGAAGAGAAAAGGAGAGUUGAAGAUCUUCAAUUCCGUGUUGAAGAAGAGUCUAUUACCAAGGGUGAUUUGGAGACGCAGACCAAACUGGAGCAUGCCCGCAUUAAGGAGCUUGAACAGAGCCUGCUCUUUGAAAAGACCAAAGCUGACAAACUCCAGAGAGAGUUAGAAGACACUAGGCCAAAAUCAAGGCAAGUUUCUGUAAAAGUGGCUACUGUCUCUGAAAAAUCCCAUAUCAUGGAAUUGGAGAAAGACUUGGUGCUAAAAACGAAAGAGGUAGCUGACCUACGUCAUAAACUUGUAGAAUGUAGCAAACAGACUAGCGAUGUGGACACAUCACUUUCGUUGUUGCAAGAAAUAAAUUCUCUACAAGAAAAUAUAGUAGAACUUAACAAGAAGCAUGAGCAAGAGAUUCUGUCCUUCAAAAGCAAGCUUGAGAGUACAAAAGGUGAUUGUGAGAGAGAAGUUGUGUCACUAAAAACCUCAGUAGAAAAGAUAUCUAAAGAAAAUGAGAGCUUGAAAGUAAAGCUCACCCAUGCAAACAAGGAGAAUGCCGAUGGGAUAGAACUUUGGAAAUCAAAAUUGGACUCUGCAUUCAGUUCACAUCAGCAAACGAUGGAGGAGCUGACCCUUUCAUGCAGCAAAGGUGCGCUUACAGGGAACUCUGAAAUAAUUGAACUUAAAGCUAAGAUAGAGAAUCUCAAGAUGGAACACCAAAAAGAAAUUGAACAGCUCAAGUCUAAACAAGAGGCUGAGAGAUCUCAACGCCUUAAAGAGAUAGAUGCUUUGAAGACAAAACUACAGUCUUCUAAUGACGAAAAAGAGUCUGAACUUGAAGCUCUUCAGUCUAAACUGGAUACAGCAGAAGAACAACAUCUAAUAGAAAUAGAGGAGACCUUAACUAAGCUUCAUGAUACAGAAAUCAAGGCAAACGAACUGCAGACACAGUUGAAGGAGCGUAAUGAAACGUUUUCUACCCUAGAAAGCAAUUUACAAACAUUGCUUCAGGCCAAAGAAACCAGUGAGAAGGAAAUGGAGCAUUUGAAAAAAUUAUUGAACUCCUCAACUGAGGAAACCAAGGGUUUCCAAAAAGUUAUACAAGAAACUGCAGGUAAACUAGAUGAGCGAGAAAGACAAUGUGCAGAAAUAACAAAUAAACUGGAGGAAUUGCAGCCCCUUUGUGCUGCACUGGAGAAGAAGGUGAAAGAAGGUGAAGAAAAAGAAGAAAACUUAUUGAAGGCCAAAGCCAACCUUGAACAUCAAAUCUCAGAAAUGAUCCAGUCCUCAGGAGAUAGCUCUGCUCAGCUUUCAAAGUUGAAUGAAGAAUUGCAGUCUAGGGAAAGGAAUUUAGCUGAUCUCCAGACAGAACUGUCAAAAUCCAGAGGAACAGUGAAAACACUACAGGAAGAUAUUGAGAAGCUGGGAACUGAAGCUAAGCAAUGUUCAGUGGAAGCACAGGAAUCUCACCAGUUGGCAAUAAAAGCAAUGGCUUCUGAAAUAGAAGGCCUGAAAUUAAUGGUUGAACAGGUACAGAAUAAAAAUAAAGAAAUGCAAGCUAUGCAUGAAAAGUCCAUUGCAGCUUUAGUCUCCCAACAUCAAACUGCAAUCAAUGAGAUGAAACAGAAUUUGCAGGCGAAAGAGGAACUAUGGAAAGCUGCCCAAACCGCACAAAGCGAAAUGGUCAAACAAAUGGAAGAGUUGCAGCGACAAGCAGAAGAAGCCAAGUCUUUAACAUGUAUGUUAGACUCCAAAAGGAAAGAGGUUGAACUUGUAACAGAAGAGAUGAGGGUUUUGAGAGAGGAAAAGGACAUGCUUGCCCAGGAGGCAAAUGCUUUAAAGCUGGAGAAAGAUUCUCUACUGACAAAGAUUUUAGAGUUUGAAUCUUCUGUUUAUGGAUGCCAGCAAGAGGAAAGCCGGCUGCUGUUACUCAAUGAAGAACUAAAAGCAGUGAAAGAUGGCAUUACAAAUGAGAAGCAGGAUCUUGAAACAAGAUGCAAUGAUUUGAGUAGCACCUCUCAAACAUUAGCACAUGAAAAAGCAAAACUAAUAGCUGAUUUAGACAGUGCUAAAGAAGAGCUUCUUAAAUUUAGCAUGGAUUCUGAGGUCUUGCGGUCUUCUGUUACUGCAAUGGAUGCCAGUAUGUCAGAACUUCAGAAAACCAAUGAUGCUCUGUUUUCCGAUUAUGCAGAGCUGCAAAACAAAUAUCAGAAAAUGCAGGAAAACGAGGUCAAGCUUAAUGAAGAAAAAUUAGUUCUUGCCAGAGAAAAGGAUGAAGUUCUGGAAAUGCUCCAGUGCACAAGAGAAGAACUUGUGAAUAAGCAGAAAUCUAUGGAUGGACUUGAAAUCGAAAAAAACUUGUCGUUGGAGAAGUUUAUAGAAUUGAACGGCAGGCAUUCCAUUUUAGUUGAUAAAAACAUGCAGUUGACCAAAACCAUUGCAGAUGUCCAGUCGGAAAGAGAAAAUCUUUUGAUAUAUCAAAAUAAUCUAAAUGCAGAUAUAGAAAAUGUUUUUAAAGAGAAAGAAAACCUAGCAUCUCUACAUAGUUGUAUGGAAUGUGAACUGAAUGAGGUGAAAUCACAGCUGAAUAAAGCAAUCCAAGAAAAACUAGAAUUGUUGGCUAGAAAAGAUGAAUUACUUCAGACCUGUGCUAUGUUUGAAGAAGAAAAGCAGAAGAUGGAAGUAUAUCAAAAGAACAUCAUAGAUGAAAAGAAUUCUGCUUGCAUGGAAAAGGAAGACCUUAGUCGGAAACUUGUAUCUUUUAAAGAAGACAUGGAUAGGAAGCAAGCAGAAUUUACCAGUGAGGUAUACACCCUUAAAUCGGAAAAGGAAAAUAUUGUAGCAGAAACAUUGGUGCUUGAAAACAAGCUUUCCACUUUAAUUGUUGAGCGUGAUGAGUUAAUGAUUAGAACCACAGGUCUAACUGCUGAAAGGGAUGAACUCUUGCUGACGCAAAAUGACUUAAGCAUGAGUCUUACAGAAUUGCUCCAAGAAAAUGAAAAAAUUGUUGUUAAUUGUAAUGAGUUAACAACUGAAGUAAGAGCAGUUAGAAAAGAACUUGAAAGGGCACAGAAAGAAAAUGAAGAACUUCAGGUCUCCAAGGAAGGUCUUACAAACUUGCUUGAAGGAAUUAAGACCAGUAGUAGUAUAUCGGACUCUGAACGUGUUACCCUUCUACAAGAAAAGGAGAUGUUACUUUCUUCUGAGAGGAAGCAGACAGCAGAAAUAGAGCAUCUGUUAAAGCAAAAUGAGGAGCUUGUGGCUAAAUGUCAGAGGUGCACAGAAGAGGCUCAGCUUGCACAAGACAAACUGACAGGUGACCUUAAUGAUCUAAAAAGUGCAAAGGCAUUGGUGAUGCUACAGAUUUCAGAUUUAGAAACAAAACUUGAAUCCAUGUCUGCAGAGAAUAAUGCCUUUAAGGUGAAAAACACAGAGCUCAAAUCCGAAAAGGAAUUGAUGGUUGGUGACCUAUCCAGCAUGAAGGCCACGUUGGAGUGUUUGGAGUCUGCAAACCUUAUGAUGUUACAAGAGAAAAGCAAUCUGUUAACAAAGAUUGACUCACUAAAUGGGGAUGUCAUGGGAGCAAAUAAACACAUUGAAGAAUUGACUAGAACUAAUAACAGCCUUGCAUUAGAAUUGGAACAAACACAGAAUGACAAAGCUUCUCUCAAAUUAGAGUUUAAUAAUAAUUUAGCAGAAAAAAAGUCUUUGCUUGAGGAUUAUAAUAAAUGUUGUAAUGACAAGGAGUUCUUGACAAAAGAGAAGGAGUGCUUACUGGAAAAAUGCAAUGAAUUGAAUACACACGUUACAAAUUUUGAGCAGAGGUUAAUUGAAGAGAGAGAUACUUUUAGGAAUGAAAAAGAAUGUCUGGAACUAAAAUGUACACAACUCCAGGAAGGUUUGAACAACAUGGAGGAAGAAAAAGAUCAAAUAGUAUUUCAAAGUAAAGAGCUUCAGUGUAAGUAUGACAAACUUUUGGAGCAGAAAGAGAACGUAGAGAAUCUUCUCCACACUCUUACCCAGGAAAGGGAGAGCUUAGAACUCAAGAGCGUCAGACUUUCCUCCAACUUGGAAGAACUAGAGCAGAAUGUUGCUUCUCUAAACAAGUCAAAGGCAGAGCUGCAAGAUUUGUAUAAUGGUGUUUACAAGCAAUUGGAAGAUCUUCGCAGUCGGCAUGAAGUUACAGAAAAGGAGUUUGAAAAGCUGCGUCAAGAGAGGUCUUGUUUGGUAUCCACACAUGAAAACCUAGAAAGCACACAUUCAGCCAUUUUACAAGAAAAGGAGACUACCAUGAAGAAGUGUAACAAUCUGUCCGAACAAGUGGUUUCAUUAACCAGAGACAACUUGGAAGUGUCCGGUCUGGCAGAGCAGCUGAAGGUUCAGUACCAGUCAAUGCUGGAUCAAAAACAGGAACUGAUGUUGAAGUUUGAUGAGCUUCAGGUUGAGAAGAAGAGCCAAGAAGAAAAAAUUCAUGAGGUUUCACAAAUUGCAGAAGAAGCUUGCCAGAAAAUUGAGCAGGUGACUGCAGAGAAAAAUGCACUGUCCAAAGAGAGGGUCGAGACAAUUGCUGCUAUGGAAGAGCUAAAGAAAUUGCACAGUGAUCUACAAAAAGAACUUGAAAGCCUUAGAAAGCAGCAAGAAUCCGCUGCGGAACAAAUAAACAAGACAAAUGGCCUUCUGAAAGGAGAAUGUAUGAAAACAGAAGCUCUCAAGAAAGAGUUGGAAGAGCUGAGGCAGGCAGCAGAGCACAAGUCCCAGCAGUUAGCAGCUCUGCAGGAGGAGAACCUCAAACUUGCAGAGGAGCUUGGAAGGAGCAAAGAGGAAGUAUCAACUAACCAAAAGCUUGAAGAGGAGAGAUCAGUAUUAAAUAACCAACUACUAGAAAUGAAAAAAAGCUUACCCAGUAACACAGUAAGAGAAUCUGUUCUAAAGAAAGAGUUUAAUGAAGAGAAGUCCUCUCUACAGAAGUCUCUCUCCAGUACCAGUGCCUCGGUCACUGAAAAAGACAAAGAACUGGAAAGACUUCGGAAGGAAGUUACAGUACUGCGGGGAGAGAAGGAGUCUGCAAGAAGCUUGCAGUCGGCACUGAAGUCACUGGAGUCUGAAAAAGCCAAGCUGGAAAUAAAGGUGCAGUGCCUGGAGAAGGAACUAAUCGAGAACAAGACACAGCUCAACAAUUUAUCAAACUCAUCGGGUGAUGCCUCAUUCAGCAGCCAGUACCAGGAGGAAAAGACAUCCAUGGAAAGCCAGAUUGAUUUUCUAAAUACGGUAAUUAUUGACCUUCAAAGAAAAAAUGAUGAUUUGAAACUGAAGAUUGAUCGUAUGGUUGAAGCAUCACUAAAUGGGAACAAUGUAGAAGAUUUGGACAACCAUGACAGCUUAAAUGGCACGCAAGCCAAGAAGAAAGUGCCCCCUCGCCUUUUCUGCGAUAUUUGCGAUUGUUUUGACAUGCAUGAUACAGAGGACUGCCCGACACAGACUCAGUUACCUGACUCUCCUCCUCAUUCAAACUUCCAUGGAAACCGAAAAGAAGAGAGACCAUACUGUGACAUCUGUGAGGUGUUUGGCCACUGGACAAGCAGCUGCAAUGAUGAUGAGACCUUUUAACGUCACAAGUCUUUAGUUAUUGGUAUUUACCAACUUCACCAGCAUUUCUUUUUAUUGGCUGAACUCGGACUGAACUUUUUAAAGAAUCAAAUCUGCAUUUGCAUCAUUAUACCAUUUAAGGGCUUGCACAGUGGCCUGCGUUUGAAACCUCAUGCAAUGUUAGAAUUUAUUUUAAGAUUCGCUAUAAGUUAGUACAUGUAUAAUAAUGCUCGGUUUCAUAUUUGCACUAUAAGAUUUACAUAUUUAAAAGGCCUUCAACGUGUGACACUGGAUGUAAUUUACAGAUCAGGCUUUAAUUUUCAUUUUUUUUCUAUCCUUGCUAACAUCAAAAGUGAUGACUAAAUGGGACAAAUAUUGGUAUUGGGGAUCACCACUGCUGCAAAUGCGUUUGAUAAAUAUGGACAAAGCCAUUAAAAAUGAACAAAGAAGAAAGACCGUAUAGUUAACAUAUUUGCCAUAACACAUAUCAGUAUUUACGGGAGUGGAAUAUGACCUAAUUCUACCAUUUUAAACAAUAUAGUAACAGUACAGUGUUGAAACAGAACUGAAGUAUUUAUAUUUUAUUUUUCUAUACAUUUUUCCAAGGUGGGCAGGGGCGAGGUUGGUAUGAUUUGAGCGUAUCGCCUCCUUUCAAACUCUGGUUCAGUCAAUUACAGAAUCUUCCGCCAUGCAGUUGCUGCGUCACAUUGUUUUUCAGCUUUUACUGCUAGUGAGUUAGACGUAUUUUUAGGACAUCUAUAGAUCAAUUAUUUGCAUCAGCAGAAGGAGCUGGAAGGCAAAGUAUGGUAGAGAGACAAAUAAAACCCAAUCAGGAAUUAUCUUUUAUCUCUCUGCACUCGACUACAGAAGUCACUUUCAUUAUAUUUUUCAUGCAUAUCUGUCCCCUGUGUCAGGGAUCGCGCCUUAUGUUGGCACUUAUAUGUAUGGUUAGUUUUACGUAUUUUGGAUCAGAAAGCAAACCAUUUUACUUGUGACUGAAAUCAUCUUUGCAGUUCAGACUUGCCGUAUGUUACAUAAGACAAAGUUACUGUCAGUAAAAACAGUAACCGGAUACAGAAAAUUGAUUUUUACCCUGCCCCUCUUCGCCUCCUUAUUAAUCAGUAAAUUGUGGCGUUCACUAAAAGUAUUAUCUUCAUGCAUUUUUACAUAUUAUGCAGUGCUUGAACUACCCAUGUGUAUGACAGAUUUAUUUUAACUACUCUGGAAUUUGUUCCUGCAUUGGCAUAAUGUUUUUUUGAUUGUUUUUUUUUUUAUAGAGAUUUGCUUAUAGAGGGAGAUUUGCAUCUCGCUGCAGUUACUCCGCCUCUGUGCUCAACAACUGUUGAGCUGAGAUAUAAGCCACAUAGGAAGUGCAUUGAUUUCUGCUGGUAGGCAGACUCACAUUCUUGCAUUGUGAGAAGGAGCAGUAAUGCACAACCAUUGUGUAGCAAAGCAGGAAACUGAGCAUGUGUAUGUGAUGAGCAAAUAUGGCUUGUAUAUCAUUACAAACUAUACUUGGUAGCGAAAAAUACUUUAAUCAUAUUUAAAAAAAAAAGUUUGCAUACAUAAAAAGCAUUAAUAUGCUUGUCAGAUACCUUUUUGGCUUUUCUCAAACUGUAAUGAGCAGUGAUACUACAUGUAUUUAAAUAAAUUUAAAUAACCUCACCUGCUGAUUCUUUUCAGUUUGGUAGCUGGGAAGGCAACAUAAACGCAGGCAAUCUGCAACUUUUGAUCUGCGUGAUUCAGAAUGGAAUAUGCAUGGCCCUACCUGGGCUGCUGCAGGAGGCUACUGCUUUCAGACCAUCAGCCCACCCUUACAAAUCAUAUAUAGGAACCAGGGACAUCAUCUGUUUCAAACUAAGCAGCACUUUAAAAAGAUUUGAAGCCCCUUCAAUUCUGCAUUCCAAACGCCAAUGGGAAUUACAGGGCGGAAGAGAUUGGCAAACACGUCAGUCUGAAACCUCAAGUACAAAUCCAUUUGUGCCUCUGAUACUCUCUCACAAACAAUUUGCGAUGUCAUGCAAAAAUUUUAUUCAAGAAAGAUGAUUAUCAUUUUAAAACGGGAACUGGGUUUUAUAAACCAAGAAUUCUUUAAAACGA